CAACUUGCAGCAGCGCGAGACGACUUCUUCAGCCGAAACGCUUCGUAGUCACCGAAGAAAACUAUCUGGAGAGACACCGGGCUGUUAACGAAUCGAGCCAAAAUGUCGAAGAUUUUCUACUCUGAAAAAUACAGCGACGACGACUUCGAGUACAGACAUGUUGUGCUUCCGAAGUACAUGAGCAAACUGGUGCCCACCUCCCACCUGAUGACCGAGCAGGAAUGGAGAGGACUGGGGGUCCAGCAGAGUCAAGGCUGGAUUCACUACAUGAUUCACAAACCAGAGCCACACAUACUGCUUUUCAGGAGGCCUCUUCCAAAAGAACACACAAAUCCGUCGGUGCAAUAGCUGCUGCAGCCUUUUGCUGACUUUCAAUGUCUUUGGUCCAGACAUCUCUCCUGCAUAUGUUGAAAUGCAUUGCUUAGAUUAUUUUUUUGUAUAGUGGUUCUGUAUAUGCUGUUCUUUCAAACUCCCUCAGUUUUUAGAGGCAAUGAGAGAAAUGGUUCUAUUUAACUGUGAAUGAAAGCCUUAUGGUCCCUGUGAAGGUAAAGAGUAUUUG